AUGACAGAACGAAAGGGACGGCUAUUUGGCGUGAACUCUGCGAGACCUCUCACGCAGUCUCUCUAUAGGAUAGGGCAAACAGGCGAUCAGUUUGCAGAGGACCCUAAAGGCAAAGGCAUUUCCUGGAUAAUGGUGGAACUCCCCUUUAGCAUGGAUCCCCUAUAUACUAAUGAAAUGCUCUUAGAGUUUGCGAUUCUCGAAAUGCAGAGUUACCGUGCUGUCAUCUAUCCAGAGUCUCAGCAGUACGUUAGGCACGAGUGCAUCUCAUUCCCGGUAGUGGAUUAUCCGACAGCCACGGAUGAUAUUGUGCAAGUGGCUUGUAUACUCAUGGCCCGGGCUGAGGAAGUCGCGGAGUUCUGGCUAGAGGAACUGCGGGCUGGUAGGGUUACUCGUGAUCGAGAACGUAUCUUCCCUUCCAAGAAUUUGAGGAAAAAUCAAGCUAGAGAAUCCAUCCUUGAGUGA